CUUCCUUGUCCCACUUAAAAACCAGACACAGAGCCAAGAAGACGAAUCCGUUCUCCAACACAGUUAGGUCGGGAAACUCCAACCACGCCCUUAAAACGCUGCGUUUUAUCUGUCACCUCCCUUUUCUUUAACUUAAUUCCCAAGUCAUCGUUUCUACUUUAUGCCCUAAAACCCUAAACUGACUCUCUUUUUACUGGUUCAAAGAGCAAUGGAUCCAUGUCCUUUCAUCCGUCUCACGAUCGGAAACCUAGCUCUGAAACUUCCUUUAGCGGCGAAGACAACAAGCUCCGCCGUGCAUCCCUCCUCAUCUCCCUGUUUCUGCAAAAUCAAACUCAAAAACUUCCCAACGCAAACCGCCUCCAUCCCCUACAUUCCGUUAGAGACCACACACUUCCCUGAGAUCCAAACCUUAGCCGCCACGUUCCAUCUCAGCAGCUCAGAUAUCAAACGCCUAGCGUCCACAUCCAUCUUCGCUUCCAAGCCAUCUCUCAAGAUCUUCAUCUACACUGGAAGAGCCGGCGCUGCGUGCGGCGUAAACUCCGGCCGUCUCUUGGCGAAAGUCUCCGUGCCGCUGGAUCUAUCUGGUGCAGAAUUGAAGCCGUGCGUGUUCCACAACGGCUGGUUAUAUGUCGGGAAAGGAGCCGGAGCUGGGAAAGUGGGGUCGGCUCAGUUUCAUCUGAAUGUGAAGGCGGAGCCUGAUCCUAGGUUUGUGUUUCAGUUCGACGGUGAGCCUGAGUGUAGUCCUCAAGUGGUUCAGAUUCAAGGGAGUAUCCGACAACCAGUUUUCACUUGCAAAUUCAGUUGUCGGAAUACGACUGGUGAUCGUACUAUUAGAUCAAGAUCGUUGCCGACGGAGACGAGUGUUCCACGGAGCUGGCUUAACUCGUUUGGGAGUGAGAGAGAACGUCCUGGUAAAGAGAGGAAAGGAUGGUCUAUAACGGUCCACGACUUGUCUGGUUCACCAGUAGCUAUGGCUUCAAUAGUUACACCGUUCGUUGCAUCUCCUGGAACAGAUCGUGUUAGCCGGUCAAAUCCCGGGUCUUGGCUCAUCCUCCGUCCUGGAGAGGGCACAUGGAACCCUUGGGGGAGACUUGAGGCGUGGCGGGAACGUGGGGGAGCCACCGAUGGACUCGGUUACAGAUUUGAACUUAUAUUAGACGGAUCAAGCGGUGCAGGGAUCGUGCUUGCGGAGUCGAGUAUUAGUUCUCAUAGAGGGGGGAAGUUCUCAAUCGAAUUGGGAUCGUCGCCAACAGAUGGUUGUGUAAAUAGAUUGAGGAGUCGUGGCGGCGGGAGUGGUGGAGCGUCGCCGGCUAAUAGUCCGAGAGGAGGGAGCCUACAGAAAGGGUUUGUGAUGUCAGCGAGUGUGGAAGGUGAAGGGAAAUGUAGUAAGCCUUGUGUGGAGGUUAGUGUGCAGCAUGUUAGCUGUAUGGAGGAUGCAGCUGCUUACGUGGCGCUUUCUGCAGCUGUUGAUCUUAGUAUGGAUGCUUGUAGGUUGUUUAAUCAACGGAUGAGGAAAGAGCUUUGUCACCAUAGUGAGUCACUCGGCUGA